AGCGAAAGCACGUUGGAGCAGAGGGACGAGGACGGAGACGACAAAAGAAGAGAGCGACAGAGACAGGAGCGAUCAAAUCUCCUUCACCUCAUGUUCUUCGGUGGGCGGAGACUCGGACUCAGCUCUAGGGUUUCGUCUUCUCCGGCGCAUAGGCCGUGAAAAUUCUACUAGUUUAUCCUCUUAUUACUUGCUUGGCGAUGAUGACAUGGCGCAAGGAACUGGAUAUUGAAUUUUUUACUGGCUCAUUUAUCUUGUGAGUCAGAAUGACACUUGAGGAUUUCUUUACCCUAUCGGAGAUGAGAGAUGGACUCUUAAGCAUUGCUAGGGUUGAAGAGCUACUCUCCGUUAUUCAAAAGCUAAACGAUCAUGUUACAAAUAACUUGGGUGAUGCAGCAAGACAAUGGUCUACGGUUGCAAGUGUUUUAGCAGCUACUAACCACAAGGAAUGUCUUAGUCAAUUUGUCGAGUUAAAUGGUCUUUCUUUUCUGAAAAAAUGGCUUCAAGAAGCACUAAACAGUAACACUGAUGAAAAUGGAAUUGUUGUUGAGGAAUUGAUCCUUUCAUUAUUGGCAUCAUUUGAGAGGAUUCCUAUAGACAAUAAAAGAAUAUCUGUCUCUGGAAUUAGAGCUACAAUUGAACUUCUCCUUGAUCAUAGAAGUACUGCAAUUAAAGAAAAGGCACAAGUAUUGCAUGAUAGAUGGGAUCGUGCAAAAAAAGAUGAUGCAUGCUUUCAUGAUCAGGAUAAUGUUGGGAUCAGUCAAAAAAAUCAACCUGGAACAUCUGAGGAUGUGCAGACUAGUGAAAAUGGUUCAAAUUCAGCAAUUCCACCUGUCAGUAUUCCUCCUUCCUUCGUAUCUGGUGAAGGAAAAGAUGGAGCAAAAUCUGCAGUCCCUGAAUCACAGGUCUCAAACGUCAUGAGUUUGCUUGAUUCCAGAAAUGAGAGGGGUUCUUUAUGUGAGCAAUUUCAUUCCACAUCUUUGAACACAAUCCUUUCGAAAUCUGUUUUCGUAGAGGAGAAUUCAUUGAGGUCAACCCUUGUCUCAAACUCAUGUCAACAGAAAUUGUCUCUUAUAGAAGAGCCUUCUGUUUGCAAUGCAGAGGAAACCCCACCGGCAGGCACUUGUUCACCUGUUUGUCCGAAAGGAGAUGCAGACAAUCAGCGUGAUGUAUCAGAAUCCAAGGAUGUCCUUCAUACUGUGAAAGAAAUUGAUAUGGAUACUAAAGAAGUCAAACCAAGCAAAUCCAUCGACGCAAGCGAUAUUCAUUCAUCUCCUGUUCUUCCUGCGUCCAAUGCAACAUCAGCAGUUGCUGCAGAGCUACCUAUCUCAUGCACGUCAGUUUCUUACAUUGGUGACUCUUCUUCUUCAAGGGCGAUGGAACUUAAGUCUGGGGUUGUUGACAAUGGGCAAGACAAGUGUUUGACGACUACCAAGGAGUUCAUGCCACCAGCAAAUCUCACUACUUUUCAAGAUCCUUCUCUUAAUGCUAGCAUUCGUGACAAUAGUGGUGAUUCUCAGUUGUCUGGUCAGAAGGUGGAAGCCAUGAGUAGUGUCAAUAGGGAUCUUGAUUCUGAACUCAAUUUCAAGUAUUGCAAAAGUCAUUUUUCAGCGUCAGCUGAUUUUCUAAAAGCUGUGAGGUCCACCAAUUCCAAUAAAGAGGUCAACCAGAAAUCUGGACUAGAACUUGAAUGUCUAGAUGAUGCUCUUGAGGUUGCAAGGCAAGUAGCUAUAGCAGUGGAGAAAGAGGUGGUUAAUUAUAGAGAAACCUUCUGCAGUUCUCCUAAUGUCAAUUCCAACGAAGCAUAUGGUUCUGAAGAUGACAAACAGAAGGUACUGACUGAGCAAGUAGGUAGGAACAGUUCGUCAGCUGGAACUGAGCAUACUGGCGCAUCAUCUCCUGAUAAGGGGUCAGAGAUCACCCAGAAUAUUAGUUCUGAUCAAGAAAACUUUGAUCAAGAUGUAGAAUCAUCUGAACCUGAAGUUCCUGCUCAAGAAUCUGUUUGCAUGGCUAUUGUGGAUGGGUGUGCCUUUGAUCUGAAUGCAAAUAUUUGCAACGACGAACCUGAGCACUCAACAAAGGCCAGUCCAAAAAUGCCUUUGAAUGUGUCUGCUCCAGUAGCAGUUGUUGCUUCUUCAAAAGGGCCUCCAGCAGUGCCUGCUACUCUUCAUUUUGGAGGUGAAUUGGGGUGGAAGGGUUCUGCUGCAACCAGUGCUUUUCGACCAGCAUCUCCUAGAAGAACUCCAGAUGGUGAAAGGACAUCAUGUGCAAUGCAGAAAUCAAUUUUCCUUGAAAUAGAUUUGAAUGUGGCUGAAAGGGUGGAUGGGUUUACUGAUGAACCCACAUCGCUGAGACAGUUGCCUUCUUCCUCUAGCCAUCCAUCUGGAGAUUCGUGUAUUGAAGUUGGUUCAAAAUCAGAGAAGCAGAAUUUGGAUCUUAAUCGUAUCGGGGAUGAGGACAUGUCUAUGCUUCCGUUCUCAUCUUGGAAGCUGAAUAUUCAAAAUGGAGAACGGAGCCUAUCUUCAGCUUCUUCGUCAUCUUAUAAACAGUCUUCCUAUCGAGACUUUGAUCUAAAUGACAACCCAUCUUCAAGUGAUGCUGGUUGCCACAUCUUCAGGCAGUCAUCUACAAAAGCUCCUGAAACUUUUGGAUGGAAAGCACCACAUGAACUGGUCAAAAUAAUGGGAUCGGAAAUUCCGAUCACAAGAACAGAAGAUACAAAUCAACUGCAACAUUUGUUCAUACCAGAUGGGCUGCAAAUGGAGCCUGCUGUGGCCACCAGACCAUCUCUACCUUGCACGAACAUGUCAACACUUUCUUACGGGUAUGGUGGACUUCCAUCUGGACCUGCUAUGUCAGUUCCAACAGCAUACUAUUCACCCGGGAGCAUUCCUUACAUUGCAGAAGCUAGAGGAGUGAUACCUGUACCUCAUGUCUCUGUCUCGGGACAUGCUGGACUAUCCGGCAGACCAUCACACUUUCUUUUCGGCACAACCAAUAUGCCCUACAUGGCUAGCCAUGGGAUGACACCUCCAGAGAGUGGGAUCAGAGGUGGCAUUUUUGAACAUCAAUUCUUUCUUCAAGGGCAUAGAGGUUGGACGGAAGAACAAAUGCAGUCUUCUACAUCUGCGGUGCCAUCAAAGCGGAAAGAGCCAGAUUCAGGGUGGGAACCGCCUCCACCACCAUCCUUAAAUGGCUUCAAGUGGAUGGCAUCGAGGCCUUAAUUUCCGAUUUUCCAGAGGAAAAAGAUUCAUUGGAGGAAGACUCUGACAGCCAAGGAGGUAGUCUUUUGAUCGAUUAUCAAAUAGUUAGUUGCUUACUAAUUUGGACGUUUGAGUAUGGAGGAGGACCAGCCAUGAUGUGACUUCAAAAGAUGGUUGAAUUAAUAAGUUCAUAGAUAGUCUCAUAGUCCUAAUGAGAAAUUUGAUUGUUGUAGGUUUGUUUGUCUAUAUCUAAAAACGCAUUCCAUUGCCAUUUAUUAGUGUGCCGAAGAGAGGGCUUAGAGCAACUAGUAGUUAGCCCCUUUCGAUGCUCUGAUGUCAUUGGUUGGAGAAACCUUCUUCUCAGAAGGGAGUCAUUGAUCAAUUUAUAGAAAAACAUGACAUCUGCGAUGGAAGAAAUCAUCACAGAGUGCUUGUUGAUA